UUUUUCGAAGCCCGCCGUAGACAUCCGGGCGGUUUAGUUCGUUUCGAAGAUCAACAAAACUCGACAAGAUGGCAAGCUAUAGGAAGCCAACCUCAGGGGGAGGACAGAGGAAGAAGACUGGUCCCAAACCAGAACUCACAGAGGAGCAGAAACAAGAAAUUAGAGAGGCUUUUGAUCUGUUUGAUUCAGAUGGGUCAGGCACAAUUGAUGCCAAAGAAUUAAAGGUUGCGAUGAGAGCUCUGGGCUUUGAACCAAAGAAGGAAGAAAUCAAGAAAAUGAUAUCUGAAAUUGACAAGGAUGGCACUGGUACCAUUGAUUUCAAUGACUUCCUGACCAUUAUGACUGAGAAGAUGUGUGAAAAAGAUUCCAAGGAAGAGAUUCUUAAAGCUUUUAGAUUGUUUGAUGAUGACGAAACAGGGAAAAUCUCAUUCAAGAAUUUAAAGCGAGUUGCCAAAGAACUAGGAGAGAAUUUGACAGAUGAAGAAUUACAGGAAAUGAUUGAUGAAGCUGACAGAGAUGGAGAUGGUGAAAUUAACCAGGAAGAAUUCUUAAGAAUAAUGAAGAAGACUAGUCUGUAUUAAUGGACUGUUCCAACUUCCAUUUGACUGUUGUAAAGUUGUUUCAGUGUGAUGUUCAGAAGUUUUGUUGUGCCUCUCCUCUAAGGCACCUUGUACAUACUAGAACGAAAUGAUACUGCUUUUCCGAAACAACUUCAGAUAUGUUUGAAUUGUUCUGUGUAUGGUUUCUGCUACAAGUGAGUGUGGAAUGACCAUAAGCAUGUGUCAGGCUAACUACACUUAAGGAAUUAGGAUGAAGGGAGAGCACGGGGUUAGUGUAUCCUGACCAAACACAUAUACUACUGUACUUUCUGCAUCAUUUGUUUGUUUUGCCCUGUCAUGGUCUGCCAUCUCUCAGCUCCUAGUUUUAAUGCCUUUCUUUUUUGAGGGUUUUGUUUAUGGCAGCUUUAUUAAUGAGAAACUGGCAAAAUGGAGUUUGAUGAAUAGGUUUAUUUAUAAUAUCGAAUGUAAUAGCUCUGCUAUAAAGUGGCUUUUGCCACAUUUCUUGUGUUUAGGAACCAUUAAUAAAAGUUUUCUCAUGUGGUACUUUGUGCUAAAUGGUGAGCUUCUCAGAAAUUGUUACAUAAGGCAAAGUUGAUGACGUUAAUUUACUGAUGGUUUGAUGCAUUAGGUUAAGUAGGUUCUCUGACUAUGGUAUCAGUUGAAAGCAAUUAUGCAUCUUUGUUUUUUUCUUUGUAUUUAUCUCUGUAAGACAGAUCAAAUUUCAUUCCAAACCAUCCAAGCCCCCACAACCAGAUAAUGAGGAGCAGUAGAAUUCUCAGAGGGAAGUGUCCAGGCGAGGUUGGAUGAGAGAAUGUUUUUCUUAGACUUUACAUCUGCUUGUUUUAUUCUUGCUCAAUUUGUGUUUGAUUUUCCAUUUUUGUAUGACUAUGGGACCAAGCUUGAAUACAUGGUAAAGUUAUGACUGUAUCGUUUUCUACCCACCAACAUAACUAUAAAGCGGUGUUCAGGUUUAGAGCCAAAUUAUUCUAAGUGUACAACCUUUUUGCUCACCAUUUCAAGCUGCUCCCCAAGUGGGCAUGGUGGGGGGGGGAUAUUGUCCUCAGAAGUUGUCUCCUCCCAUGGAAGGUGUGUGCACUUGUGCCAACUGAAGUUUGAAGAAAAAUUGAUUCACCGCCAUUUCCCCUUAUUCAUCACAACCACAUUUGCUCCAUGCAUACUUUGGCGAUGCUGGGAACUGGAAAACAGUUCAGACCAGAUGUACUGGAGAGCCAAGGCUUGGAUAACAUAGACCCACCACAUACAGUAUUGAGCUGAAGUGUUACUGCAAUAGCUGUGGUAAUUGAAUGGUACAUAUAAUUAAUUUUAGUGUAGGUUUAGAUAGCAGCAGGUUAAAUGUAGCAUUACCCUGGGAAGAGUAAGCCAGGCUGUCGACUGUCACUCAUUUGCUUCAGUCAAACCAUUGCACCUGUAAAAAUUGUCAGCCGAUUAGAAACCUCCAGACAUCUUCAGACUAAAUGUUCAUCAUUUUAAUGCCAUCCCCAUGUUGUUUGGUUUUAUAAUCACCCUGUGUAUCACAAUAAUCAAAAUUGUUUGAUAAUUAUCUAGCCUAUCAAUUAAAGCUCAUAUAGCAUUUAUAAUGUAAUAGUUUGGGUAAUGCUUGUAAUAGCAGCUAUGUCAUCAUAAAGCUACAUGUACAUGCCAGUUGUAAAACAAGCCCCGGAACUGUUCAUUGUGAAUUGCUCUUGUGUUAUAAGUCAUCUUUCAAAGGUUGUUAAGCAAGUAUUAAUGAGGGAAUUCUUGGCUUCUCUUUUUUGUCAAAUGUCUGUAACUGCCAUUCGUGGUCAAAAUCUGAAAUCAGUUUGUUGUUACAUGUGUAUCAUUUAGGUUGGCCCGUGCAGCUGUCAUCAUUCUGUUAAACUUUCCUGUUGUUUGUAUUUUAGUUUGUAAAUAUGUGUUGAAUACUUGUAUAUGUAUGGAGUAGAAUAUGAGGGGGGAAUAAUAAAUAUUUUGAGAUAUAAGAAGAGUCUCAUCUCUUACAAAA